AUGGCUAAUGGUUUCGGAAGCCUCGAGCGCUUCUUCGCCAAGAAGAAGACGCCAGCCGCCUCGACCGAUUCAGUUGAGCCUGCUUCUAACCCUCCAACAAUACCUCAGUUUCCUUCACCUUCUUUCAUUCGCCCAAAAACAAGUCGCAUGGCAGCGAGAGAGGAAGUGAGAAAGCAGCCGGGCAAUCGAGUUCCAUCUCUAACGGCUCCUCUUUCUCCUCAUCGAUUGGACUUGAUGCACGCCCAGAACCCCACGCGUUUCUCAAAUUCGCAUAAGUUACAGUACUCCCCCCUCAAGGCUUCUUUCAUGCCCACACAAGACGAUUCCUUCCUAGAAGACUUUGAUGUUCAUCAAUUUCCGCGACCCCCAACCCGCCAGAGAGAAACAUCUGCGUCUUCAUCUACCUGCGAUCCAAAGUCAUCCAUGGAAGCCCCUAGUGAGCGUAGCCUUCCAUUGCGACCUUCGAGAAAAUCUGCAACUAGAAAUUCGCGGCUUGAUACUCCCCCGUCCUCAGACCUGGAAGAUGAAGGUGCCCGUAGCCCUCAGUAUUUCCGCGACAAAAAGCUUCCGGCAUUGCCUCCCCAGAAGCCUCCAACGCCAGAAUCUUCACCAGAGCUUCGCCCCAUUCACAUUGCUCAACUUCGAGCCUCCAAGUCUAUCGACUUUCUGAAUAAGGCAGUUUGCAGGGACAUUCGCCGCCAUUUUACCAAAACUCCGGAUCAGAGGCCACUUCGGAAAGCUAUCAGUCAGACUAGCCUGGAAGACGCCACAAAUAGGCUCUCCAUCACUAGCUCUACACUCCGAGAACCAGACUUCAACGAGUUUUUCAACCUCAGUGAUGAUGAUAUUGCUGAAUCGGCCCCCGCAGAUGCGGAUGCGGUAGAGACCUCAACAUACGCCACUGCCCCUUCUACCCCCGAUUCUCCUCGUUCUUCCCUCCUGACACUCACCCCACCUUAUGCAAGCAAACCUGCAACUGCUGCAGCAUUCGAGGCGGCUAGGAUUGCUAAACGCUACAACUUCGAUCUCGUUUACGUGGUCAACUUAUGGACUGACUAUGAGCGAAUCAAUUCUGAAAGUCCCAUCAGCAUGAACUCACCAAACAAGAAAUUUGGACCCCUGUCUGGCCGUCUCCUCGCCGCUUAUGGACUGGAAAACGUCAACCUGCCUUUCCAAAUAUCAACAACAGCUCAUAGCAAGAUUUUGAAGACUCCAGGUUGGAUCGAGUAUCGAGCAAAGGAGGUCCGUAAUGAUGAAUUUGCGCGAGGCUAUGCCUGUGCUUUCUACACUGGCGAGUGUUCAAGAGUGGGCUCUGUCAUUUCGAGAAACUCUUCUUCUUCGGCAUGCUCGGUCCAAUCUAUGAACACUGACCGUGGAAUCAUUUUCGCGGCGUAUCGAAAACCGCGAGCUGACGGUAGCUUACUUGGAAUUUCUUCUGGCCCUGCCGAUCUUGUCAACGUUCACAAGGAUGCGGAGGCACUUGUCGAAAUGCUCGUGGACAUCCAUGUAACGAAUAGACUCCGAGAGCCUCAAUUGCGUUGCUACCAAUCAGAAGAGACAGGCCCAAUGCCAUCCCAGCGAAAUGGGCGUCUGUGA